GCGGGGCUCGGCUGGCCGGGCGGAAGCGCACGGAGCGGUGGCCGCGGCAGGCGGCUCUCGGGCCCGGGGCGGGGGUUGCGGUGCGCAGCGGCGGCGCGGGUCGGCGGAGGCGGGUUGCGGGCCCGUGGCGGGGCGCGGGCGGCCGUGGGAGCCGCGGAGCGCCGGCUGCCGAGCCGCGCGCACCAUGGCGUCCCCGGGACGCGGCCCGGCGCGCUGGGGCCCCGCGCUGUGCUGGGCGCUGGCGCUGUGCUGCCUGUGCGGCGCGGGCCCGCUGUGGAGUGGUAACCAUGAGUGGAAAAAACUCAUUUUGACCCAGCACUGGCCUCCAACAGUAUGCAAGGAAGUUAACAGCUGUCGUGACUCUCUGGAUUACUGGACAAUACAUGGACUAUGGCCUGAUAAAGCAGAAGAAUGUAAUCGAUCAUGGCACUUCAAUUUAGAUGAGAUAAAGGAUCUGUUGCAAGACAUGAAGAUUUACUGGCCUGAUGUAAUUCAUCCCUCUUCUAAUCGCAGCCAGUUCUGGAAGCAUGAGUGGGAGAAGCAUGGCACCUGUGCUGCCCAGGUGGAUGCCCUCAACUCUGAGAAAAAGUACUUUGGGACGAGCUUGGAUCUGUACAAGCAGGUCAACCUCAACAGUGUGCUCCUAAAAUUUGGGAUCAAGCCGUCCAUUAAUUACUACAACAUUUCAGAUUUUAAAGAUGCCCUUACCAGAGUCUAUGGCGUGGUACCUAAAAUCCAGUGUCUUGUGCCAGAAAAGGGAGAGCAGGUACAGACCAUCGGUCAGAUAGAGCUGUGCUUUACCAAGGAGGACCUGCAUUUGCGAAACUGCACGGAGCCAGCAGAGCAGCAGAAGAGCAGCAGGGGAGCUGCCGUGCAGGGGAUGAUGGUGUGUGAUGACGGCCCGAUCUUCUACCCCCCGCCCUCAAAGGCCCGGCAUUGAUGCCCACGUUUUGGAAAUACUCUGUUUGACACAGCAGGAGACAGUCACAAUCCCUCCUUCCUAAAACCAACUCCAAAGCCCUUUCACAGUGUGUUUUGCUUUUUUUUCUUCAGUGUCUGAGUUGAUUUUCACCUGCAACCAAUCAGUAGGUGCCCCUCCGGGCUUCUUCCUGCCAGCUGCCUGGCCUGCAGGGGAGUUUAUGUCAGGCCUCAUUUCCUACCAGAAAGUGGCCUGAUCCAAGCUGCUGCUAAGAGGGCUCCAUCCUUAGGUAGCAUAUUCAGAAGGUGAAGCUCUUCCUUGUGGGCCUGAGUCUGGAUUUCACCUGUGCAGUGAGGGUGGCAAUGCAGUGGGUGGCUUCCUGUGCCUGUGUUACUAAAGCUGCCUCUCACCACACGUUCCACCUCAUCUCUGUUCUUUUAAAAUAUUCUUCCUGUUUAUGUUAAUAAGGUUAAUGUCCUAUGUCUUAUGUUUAACGAAUAAAACAUAAGAAAAC